CAAUUUGUGGUCUACCGCAAACGCUUAUAAAGAUAUAACUAGACCCUCGCUUAUACCUCCUACCCCCCCCCACACAUUUAAUCCACCAAAGGUACACUUUAUACACGAAGAAACGAAAGCCGUUCUUAAACUUGCAAGCUGAGGAUUUUAACACCAGGGGGAGAGCUCAGUCAACAAAUGGUCCACCCUCUCUGUCGCUUAUCACUUUUUCCGGGGUCCAAACUCGAAGUCGGGUAUACGAGCAAGGGCCCGACCACCGCGAUCAAGAGGCUUUUUUGUAUUCAUUGUGUUUCAAGGAACCCGGUUGCUGUUUCCUGGACGUAGGACACACAGUUUGGGACUUAACGACAAUCCGCUAAAGUUAGCCACGACGGCCAUUGACAGGUAUGUCUGAGGGUAGUCUUGAGACCUCAGCCGAUGACCCUCGCGUGGAAGCCGAGGAGAGUCCGCGCGUCGGUGACCCGUCAUCUCCGAACGUAGACGAGAGCGAUAACGCGUCAGGCGACGAAGCGCUGUAUGACAUCAGUAUAGACAGUGGCGAGGAUAAGUCAGGAAGCGGCAACGAAGAUGUUGACCAGGGCAGGGAUGAGGCUCCAAGUGUAGAAAAUUACGGACACCCGACUGUGGAUGCAGCAGAGGAAUGUGGAGAUGAUGACAUUCGGACAAAGGAGGACGACAUGGCCGAGGAAUCCCAGAGGAGCUCGGCCGCUGAGAUCGCAGUCACCAGCAACGGAGACCUGGACCAGAACCCGGAGGAAGUGUUCUGCGGGGAGUCUUUCCCAGGGAAGCCGGCAUUCCCUGACGUUCCGGAGUCUUGCGUCCCUUCCAGCAACUAUGCAUCAACGACAGAAGGCGUCAUUGAAUCGGGCCCGCACAAAGGGUCGUCCAGCCUCCCCUCGUCCCCGGUGGCUCCCUUCUCACCCAGCCCGGCUGUGGCUAGCCGCCUGGCGCGCUCCUACAGCGAGAGCCAGGCGGAGACAGAUGGGGCCAAAACGGAGCCGUCGAGUGGAGCGCUGGUCCUGUCCGAUGACAUGAAGACUCCAGCCAUGGAGAAACUCGACCUUGUUAGAAAGUGGAGCAUCAACACUUAUAAAUGCACCCGUCAGAUUCUAUCGGAGAAGCUCGGCCGCGGCUCCAAGACGGUGGACCUGGAUCUGGAGGCCCAGAUCGACGUGCUGCGUGAGAACAAGCGCAAGUACCAGCAAGUCAUCAAGCUGGCGCAGACGCUGGCCGGCCAACUGGCGCAGAUCAUGCAGACGCAGAGGCAGCUGGGCGACGCCUUCGCGGACCUCAGCCUCAAGACUCCGGAACUCCACGAGGAGUUUGGUUACAACGCUGACACUCAAAAGCUUUUGUCCAAAAAUGGAGAAAUUCUGCUGGGCGCCAUCAACUUUUUCAUCAACAGCGUCAACACCCUGGUGGACAAAACCAUCGAGGACACCAUGAUCAACAUCAAGCAAUACGAGAUUGCCAGGGUGGAGUACGACGCGUACCGCACCGAUCUGGAGGAGCUGAACUUGGGCCCGCGCGACAACAACACCCUGCCGAAGAUCGAGCAUUCUCAGCAACUGUUCCAGGCGCACCGCGACAAGUACGAGAGGAUGCGCAACGACGUCUCCGUUAAGCUGAAAUUCCUGGAGGAGAACAAGGUGAAGGUGUUGCACAACCAGCUGAUCCUCUUCCACAACGCCAUCGCGGCUUACUACUCGGGCAACCAGCAACAGCUGGAGCAAACGAUGAAGCAGUUCCACAUCAAGUUGAAAGCGCCCGGCAGCGAGCGUCCAUCUUGGCUAGAGGAGAACUAAAGAAAAAUUUAAUCUAUGAGUAAAAACUACAGGGACCCCCCCCCCCCCCCAGCCUCCUCUCCUCCCCCCUGUCAGGAAUGAUGGCCUUCCAAAACGAUCUUUUUAAGCAACAAAAAAGUCCAUAAAAAUGUUAUUUUCAAUGCUACAAUCUCUGAGGAAAAAAAAUGCACUUUUGACGUUUGACAAAUCCAUCAAACUGCAGUGAACGCAUUAAGCAAGCUGUAAAAAUGCCUUUUUUUUUAUAAAAGCGAUACGAAUGUUGUAACCCAACGGAAUUAAACUAGCGUUUUUGCCAUCGUUUUUCAGCAUGAGAGACCAUUUUUAACAUUCCGUGCAAUUCUCGCUCAGCCUCGACAGACUCUUCCUGAAGUUUAAGGGUAAUCAAAUAUUCCAAGCUAAUGCUAAGAACCACUAAUAAAAGUAGUUUGAGGACAUUUGCUAGACUGACAUACUUAUUCCUUUCUCAAUCCAAAAAGCACAUUUUUUCAAACAAUUUUUGACAAAUGUGAUAUUUUCAAAUAAUUCCUCAUAGUUUGUCCAUAAUCCCCUGCGCUGACUUCUGGCAUCUUAUUUUUCGAGAGACAAUGAAGGACUCACUAAAUGUUUGGACAAAAUGUGCCUUGACUCCACUUCCGUUCCCAUGCUACAUGCUAAUACUCAAAAACUUCUAAGCACUCCAAACUACUUAUAUUAACAACGUAUGAAUCAUUGUAUUUUAAAACUUUGCAUGAAAAAUGUUUGGGAAGUACAAAAAGGUUAGGUGUGAUGGAAAAAAAACAAAAUAGUUUAUCUUGAGAAAUGUUUCUUGUAAAUUUUCAAAGACCAGCAUAACUCUGCUUUAAGCUGCUAACACUUUUCUUGGUUUAAAAAUAAAAUAUAUAUUUUUAAAAAGCUAGUAUGUCAAACAUUCAUAACUAGCAGUCUCUUGUUUGCUCAGUUUUGUACCGCUGACUUUUUAUAGUUUGCGAGUGUGACUCUGGUUUGACACUCCUAAAAUGAUAUAUGAAAAAAGGUUUAUAUAUUUGUAAUUUUGCCUAGUUUACGCCCUGUAGUCUAGGAUUAGUGCAUUUUUCCUACAGACUUCCAUCGAAUGAAAUGCUAAGUGCUAUGUGAAAGUGUAUCUUUGUAUAGGAAAAAUAUUCAAAAAAGUGUUAGGUUUAAAAUGAUUUGGAAUGUUUAAGAUUCAAUAUAUACAUUGUCAUGUGCACAGUAAAAAAAAGUAUUUGGGAAAAUAAACAUACUUUUUGGAUUUUCA